CUACUGUCUAUGGGUGUCCACAGAGGAGGAGAUCGGAGUAUGCACGUCAUCAGUGCGCGACGCAGCGUGCAAGAUUGUGAAGGACGCCGAGGAGAAGCUUGUGAUGAAAUAAGUCAAAUAUAAAGCUGAUUCUGAUUCUGAAGCCAAAGACACAAAACUAUCAGCUGUCAAUGUGUCUCUGCUCUUCAGCUGUGUCAGGAGGACGUGGUAAUGAUGGCGGUGUCGUGUCUAACUCGAGCCCUGCGCUCCCUGACUCUGUCCCAGCCUGCUCUGCUCUGCUCGCAGGCAGUUGCUCAGACCAAGCUGGGAACUCAGGUAACCAGUACAGUCGGGCAGUGCAGAGGCUUCCUCACCACAGCCUCUCUGGAGCAGAACAGGACAUUUUGGAAGCAGAGGGAGAAGUACACCACCAGGCCUAUAGGAAUGAAAAAGACAGGAGGCAGAGAUCACUCGGGAAGGAUACGGACACACGGCAUUGGCGGUGGCCAUAAACAAAAAUACAGGUGGAUAGACUUCCAGCGACUGCGCUACGAGCCGAACCGAGAGGCCCAGCCCUUUGAAGAGAAGGUUGUGGAAGUGCGAUACGACCCGUGCAGGUCUGCUGACAUUGCUCUGGUAGCCGGAGGCAACCGGAAAAGAUGGAUCAUUGCUACAGAGAACAUGCAGGCUGGAGACGUCAUUAAAACAUCUGGAAUUAUUGGACGUAUGGCAGUCUCCGCCAAUGAGGGUGAUGCCUACCCACUGGGAGCUCUUCCUGUGGGGACACUGGUGAACAACCUGGAGAUCCAACCAGGGAGGGGGUCGGAGUACAUUCGUGCUGCAGGCACUAGUGGAGUUUUGCUCCGUAAAGUCAACGGAACAGCAAUCAUUCAGCUUCCUUCAAAGCAGCAGGUUCAGGUGUUGGAGACCUGCAUGGUAACGGUGGGGCGCGUGUCAAACAUCGACCACAAUAAACGGAUCAUCGGCAAAGCUGGUCGCAACCGCUGGCUCGGCAUUCGCCCCUCGAGCGGCUUGUGGCAGAGAAAAGGAGGCUGGGCAGGACGCAAGAUUAAACCGCUGCCGCCGAUGAAGGUUUACGUCAACAUGCCCUCUAUCUCGGCUAAAUAACACACCGGGAAAUGUUCGGGACUGGAGGUCAUCACUCGCUUAUAAAUCACUUGUAUUAUUAUUUUUUUGGUCCUUACAAUGAAAUCAAGUCGACUGUUUGGAGAGAGAGUUCAAUAAAGACGAGCUUUUUGUACAGAA